AUGAUAGAAAUAUUCUGUGUAUUCUUGUGAAUUAUCAUUAUCUUUGGUUUAUCUAUAUAUUAUAAGCAAUUGAAAAAAGAACUAAAAGAUUAUUGGGAUAAAGUAAUUAAAGAAUUAAUAAGAUAACUAUUGAAUUCAAACAUAUNGAACCUUAAUAGGAAUAGUAAGAUGAAAAUUAAUAACCAUAAGAGGAUAAAUAGAAAAAAAAAGAAGAGAAGAAAUAGAAAAAAGAAGAAAAAAAAUAAAAUGAUUAAGAUAAUAAGAAGAAAAAAGAAGAAGAAAAAAAGAAAAAGGCAGAAGAGGAAAAAAAGAAAAAAGAAGAAGAAAAAAAAAAAUAAGAAGAAUAAAAGAAGAAGAAAAAAUAAGAGGAAGAAGAGAAGAAAAAGAAAUAAAAAGAAGAAGAGGAAGAAAAAAGAAAAAAAUUAAAAGAAGAUUUAGAAAAUAAAAAUUAAGAUAAAGAAUAAAAUGAAGAAACAUAAGAAUAAAAUGAAUAAGAAACAUAAUAAGAAGAUGAAGAUCCAGAUGCAGAUAAAAGUGCAGAUAAAAAUUAAAAUGAAGAUGAAAAAUCUAAUUAAGAAGAAUCUUAAGAUGCAAAAGAUUAAGAUAAUUAAUCAUAAACGAAAAACAAAAAAUCAUAAAAAAAAAAUGAUUCUAAUAAUAAGACAAAAGGAAAAGAAGAUUCAAAAAAAUAGAAAUAGGAAGAAGAUGAUAAAGGAGGAGAUGAUGAAAAAGAAGAAAAAAGAGAAAUUCCAGAUUCUUAUUUUAAAGAACCACAAUUAUAAAAUAAAAAAUGGGAAGAUUUUUACAGUGGCAAUUUCAAUUUCAUAACUUAAAAUUAAGAAAUUGAUGAUGAUGAAAUGUAAUUUGACACAAUUGAUGUUGUUGAUGACUUUUAUGAUCCUUUUCAUUUAAAUUGA